UGUCACGAAACCCUAAAAGUCUUCAUAACAAUCGCUCUUCCCAUUUCUUUCUUCUCGCCAAAUCUCCGAGGUGCAGAUACAAAGCCACCACCGUCUUCAUCAUCGGUGACUGCCAUCACCAUCGCCGACCACCGCCGCACUUUCACUACCUUACACCUCCACCAUCGCAGACCACCAAACGGAGCUACCAUCACCAUACUCCUCGGAUUUUCUCCAUCUCCAGCAAUAUUCGAUUUCUUUCGGACCGAUCCGUCCAGCUUUGACCGUUCCUGAGCCGUUGACUGAGCCGAGUUCGGCGGCUGAGUGAUAUAUAAUUGAACCUUACGCCUCUGGAUGAACUUUGUAAUUAACAGCAGGCAAUAGCAAGGGGAGAAUUUUCAACUCAUACCCAUCAAAAGAAGGUGGUCCUUACUCUUAGGACAGCAGAGAAAAGGAGUUAAAAUUCAGGUUAAAGACUGCCGUGGAACUUGGUGUGAUGGAGAUAUCAUUGCUAAAAGUGCUUCUGAAAAAUAUUUCUAGUUUCUUGCAUAUGCCAUCUCUUGAAAACACAACUUCUGGGAUUGUUGAAAAGUACUACAAAAAGAUUGAAGAAAUACUCAAGUUAAUUAAGCCAGUACUUGAGUCUAUCGCUGAUGCAGAAGUGGCUACUGAUGAAUCAUUUCAGAAAGAAUUUGCAGUCUUAAGUGAGUGUGUUGCUGAACUCAAGGAACUUCUCGAAGAUUGUCAUCCUUUGAUGAGUAAAGUUUACUUUGUUAUGCAAGUUGAAUCAUUGUUCGCAAAGGUCCGGGCUCAAAGCUUAGAACUUUUUGAGCUGCUAAAAUCUUCACCUGGUCUUCCUACUGAUUUGAGUUCUGCUUCACUUGAGCAUUGUAUACAGAAAAUCAAGCAUAUGGGUUAUGAAAAAGCAUCGGCUAUUGUUUCAAAAGCUAUGAGAGACCUAGCAGAAGGGCCUGGACCCAACGCAGAUAGCAGGUCAAAGAUUGCUGAUUUUCUUAGUUUGAGGUCUAAUCAAGAGCUUUUAAUUGAGGCAGUUGCCCUAGAAAAGUUGAAAGAAAAUGCUGAACAAGCAGAAAAGAUGGGAGAUUUAGAGUAUAUUGAGGAAAUGAUUGCUCUUGUUACCCACAUGAAUGAUUGUUUAAUUGAGGCCAAACAGUCAGAAAGCUCCAACCCAGUACCAAUACCUCCUGACUUUUGUUGCCCUCUAUCCCUUGAACUCAUGACAGACCCUGUUAUUGUAGCUUCUGGUCAAACAUAUGAAAGGGGGUAUAUUCGUAAAUGGCUUGAUCUUGGACUUACUGUUUGCCCUAAAACAAUGCAAACACUUGCCCACACCAAUCUUAUUCCGAAUUAUACCGUGAAGGCACUUAUUGCAAAUUGGUGUGAAUCAAACAACAUUAAGCUACCGGACCCUGUGAAAUCCAUGAUUUCAAGUCAACCAAAGUCACCCGAUUCAGUGCGAAGCAUAGGUUCACCCGGGAAAAGCUUAAUCUCAUCUAGUGGGACCUAUCAGGAAGGAACUUUUCCAGUGCAUCAUGUCCAGUCAUCUUCAGAGGAUUCCUUGCAGGGACUGCCCGAAAACAGACAUGUGUUGGCUGAAUCUGAAGAUCAGAUCCUGGAUUCAGGUGGACAGUCAUCGUACGGUGUUAGGAUAAAUGAAAAGUUACCCGAGGGUCACCAGAGAACGGUAUCAACUUCCAGCACACAUUCCAACACUAAUAUUUCACAAGACUUUUCUCUUGAAGCAAAUGAGGAGUCGGCGCCGAAUGUGGCAACAGCCUUCAGUAGUGAUGCUUCAGGAGAGGUAGCACCUGAUGCACAACCUGCCGCCACUACCCCGACCACCCAACGAAGAGACCAUGAAUUCUCACCACGGUUUGAAACGCGACCCAGAAACCAAUUAUGGCGUAGACCAUCAGAAAGGUUUGGACCGAGAAUCGUUUCUUCACCUACGACCGCAACUAGACCUGAUCUUACUGGAGUAGAAACCCAAGUUAAAAAACUGGUAGAAGAUUUGAGUAACAGUUCACUUGAUGUAGUAAGGGAUGCCACAGGUGAACUCAGGUUACUUGCUAGACAUAACAUGGAUAACCGAAUUGUUAUAGCAAACUGUGGGGCUAUCAGUUUAUUAAUUGACCUACUCCAUUCAGCGGAUGAAAAAGUCCAGGAAAAUGCCGUUACUGCCCUCUUAAAUUUAUCGAUAAAUGAUAACAACAAAACAGCGAUUGCAAAUGCUGAUGCAAUUGAACCACUGAUACAUGUUUUAGAAACAGGGAGCUCUGAGGCUAAAGAAAACUCUGCCGCAACUCUUUUUAGUCUCUCGGUUAUUGAAGACAACAAAGUUAGAAUCGGGAGGUCAGGAGCAAUUAGACCGUUGGUUGAUUUAUUGGGAAAUGGAACUCCAAGAGGAAAAAAAGAUGCGGCAACUGCUUUAUUUAACUUGUCAAUAUUUCAUGAAAACAAGGCCCGUAUUGUGCAAGCGGGUGCGGUUAGGUACCUUGUUGAAUUAAUGGAUCCUGCAGCUGGGAUGGUUGAUAAGGCCGUCGCUGUUUUGUCAAAUCUUGCAACUAUUCCCGAGGGGAGAGCUGCUAUCGGUCAGGAGGGUGGUAUUCCGGUUCUAGUUGAAGUUGUUGAGCUGGGUUCAGCUAGAGGGAAGGAGAAUGCUGCUGCUGCUCUUCUACAGCUCUGUACCAACAGCAGCCGGUUUUGCAAUAUGGUCCUCCAGGAGGGUGCUGUCCCCCCAUUGGUCGCUUUGUCACAGUCUGGUACCCCGAGAGCCAAGGAAAAGGCUCAGUCAUUGCUUAGCUACUUUAGAAACCAACGACAUGGUAAUGGUGGGAGAGGAUGAUGAGAGACAUAUUGACAUUGAGUCAUGGUUGGUCGUUUUUAGCUAUUUUAAAGUGAGGACCAGAGCUCUCGGAAUUGAUGGUGCCCAGGAUGAGUGAGUUGGGGGAAAAAAAAGAGAUACAGUGACUGACUAAUAUAUAAGGUUGUUGGUCCUGUUACAUUCAAGUAACAUGUGAUCAGGAUUGCCGGACCUAUGAUAUGUAGGUUUGUAACUGUUGUAACUAGUAUGACGACACGAAAGUAGUGUGUGGUGUUUCCAUUGCGAAAGCUAAAUGCUCUGAAUGACUAUUUGCGAUUAUACUAAGAAAUUUGUAGUUUGUAAACUAACAUUCUGAUUUCUGAACAUAGUGGCAAAUUUAAAUGGUGUGAGUUCACCAUAUUAUCAUUAAUCAA